AUGGUGAAGUGUAGUGUGAACAAAGCUUGGAAAGUGGAUCAGGACAAAUCAGUCAAGAUGUCCACGAUUUCAAAGCACUUUGGACUGAAAUACAAAGAAGAAUCGUACAUCUUUAAAGAGCUGGAGAAGGUUCGCAAGGAGACCAAAAAGGAAUUUCUCCGAAUCAAGGAGAAGUUGGCCGCCAAGCCAGCUGUGGGUGAAGUCCCCGUCUUUGGCCUCAGGGUCCCCAGCCCGGCCCUGCAUGGGGCGAAGGGGAGCGCUUCCCGCGUCGGAUCCCCAAAACCAUCAGGCUCCCCUCGGGUUAAAGGUCGUGUGCCCCCAACUGCGACCCUCCCGCAGCCGUUGCCCCAAGGUGCCCCCCGGCCCCCAGGCAGGAGGGAGGUGGUCGCUCCCGGGAAGAGCCGGCCGUUCCGACCCCAGGACUUCUACUUGCGGAGCCCCGCGUUCCUCCGGCACGGGCCCCAGAGGCCGCCGGUCAUCGCGCCCAGGGCCGGCACGUCCAGACCCGUGGUCCUGUUGCCGCCGCGUGUGCCCGUGGUGAAGGCCCGGGCGCACCGGGGCUCCAGCAGCCCCCCGCCGGCGGACUCCAAGCCCGUGCUCGAUCCGGCCCGGGGGCGCGUGCCGAGCCUGGAGCCGGCUCAGCUCGCCGAGGUCGGCCAGGCCAGAGAGAGGCUGCUCGACUCCCUUUUCAGCGACGAGGGAGACGUGGAGGCGGCCGGCCGGCGGGGGAGAGUGAGGAUUAACGCCCGCUUCCUGCCCGAGGACUCGGAUGGCGAGUCUCGGGAAGCCCCUGGGUCCGCUUCCAAAACCGACCACGAGAGCGACUCCCGGGAGGCCGCCCCGCAGGCCCCGCAGCCAGUGCGUGCGAUCCCCAAGUCCAUCGAGGAGAUCAUCGCCUCGCUGCAGUCCGAGGCCCAGCUGGCCUCCGACCAGACCAUCAAAGAGCUCAUCCAGAGCGUCCUUGGGCAGAACUACGACAUUAAAAUGGAAGAUAUUUCUUUGAUGGGAAAAGUGUACUGGCAGAAAGCACCUCAAAUGCAAGCAGAGCAAGGCUCACAGAUAAGUAUGAAGGAAACUCAAACGAAUGUGCUUGAGAAGCUUCCUGAAACUGUAUCAAGUACUUUCCAGAUUGAACAAGAGGAUGUAUUGGAAUGGGGAACCUCAGAUGCAGAAAGCUCAUUAUUUAAACCUCAGGAAGCUUCGGAAGGUCAGUCAGCAAGUGAAUCAAGUAAACCUUUGGAAGGCUCACAGCCCAUAGGUGAUUCAAAAAUGACCAAGCGGACACCUUUAAAGGUGAAAUCAUCAGAAUUGUUGCAAAUCAAAGGAAAAGAAGUUAAGCGAAGGCGAAAAAGUAAAUUUGGAGUUAUACCACAGAGACCAAAAAAGAUUUCAAAACCCAUGUGUGAUCAAAAACUACCUAAAAAAAAAAUUCCAGAAGACUACUGCACUAGGACCCUUCACAGCCUGUGCACCACCAUCCCAGCCAAAGAGUUGCCCAUUGACUUGCGCGUGGCCUCUCGAGUGUAUCAUACAGCCGACAGGAAAGGCCACAAUAGUGUGCUUGGAGUAUUCGGAACCUCUCUGUUAGAUGAUCGCUAUACAGACGAAGAGCAAAGAGAUAGAAUACUGCACGGAGCUCCUGUUAAGGAUGUCAGUCAAGAAUAUGUUGCUGUUGUUCCAACAAGACCAGGGAUGCUACCUGAACGGAUACCAGGAACUGGCCAGAGUGCUCACAAACCACAGUUACAACUCUUUGGAGAGGAAGUGUCUGCUUAUCCAGGAGUUACAAAGUUGUUUUGGAAUCUAACUUCACCCAAAUUCUCUGUUCCAGUAUCUGUCAUGAAGGAAACUGUAUAUCCAAAAUAUGAGAGUGCACAAACAAGCAGAAUUUUAAUUGAGAAAUUUGUGUCUGAAAGCAAGGAAAGUAUCAUUACUUUAAAUCAGCAUAGGAAAAGUUCCAGGCUUUUUUUCCUGAGAAAAGCUGCAUCAUUUGAAAAUGUCCAAAAACAUUUCAGCACACAGUCUCCUCAAUUAAAGAGAGUAAAAUCUGCAGUUGAGUUGAUUAAGGAGGAGACCACAGUUCUAUCAGGGAUUCAGGAUGACAUGCAAAGCAAUAUAAAAGAGGUGACGCUUCAAAAAGCAAAGGAGUUGGAGCGUUGGAUGACUGAGCAAAACGAAACUAAGGAAUCUGUCUCUGAGAAAGAAAAUAUAGAUUCUAUCUUAGACUACAUGCAUGGCAGAUAUGGUUCAAGAGACCUGUCUUACACUCUCAUUGAAGCAUCUCGACAAGCUGGCAUUACUUACAUUGUUUAUCCCAAGAAAAAGAAGAUGAGACGGAGGAGAGGACUGAGGCUCAGUAAACUUACACUUGUGUAUGAUGAGUUAUCCAAGCCUCCAAAAAUUCUUAAAAGAUCAGUGUCCCACGGAAUCCUUCCUGGACAGAAGAAAUAUUUGCUCAGAGUUCCACUAUAUGAACGUGUACUUCGGUGUCCCAGUGUACCUUUGGGUUUAAAUUCUGACAAAUGUGCCCAAAUUAAGAGAAUUCUAGAACAUAGUGAUCCUCAAACAUGGUCUCCUGAGAUGAUCUCUCAGCCUAAGCAAAAGAAGACAACCCCGAGAGUUAAAAUAUCUGUUGACAAAGACUCAUCUGAAAGAGUGAAACAAUCACCAAAGCUAGAAUUGAGUGAUUCUUUGACCUGUGGUCUUCCUCCAGCAGUCAUUAAACAUUAUGAGUCUGAAGUGGAGAUCUUGACUGAAGAAAUAAAUAGUAAGAAGAAAUAUCCUGCAUUUUUAUAUUGUAGGCGUGGAGCUCUUAAUAGGAAACUGGGAAAGUUACAGAGUGCCAUGAAUGAUCUACAGGAAGCUAUAUUCUUGGAGCCAUUGUUCCUCAAUGCCUAUUGGCACCGACAUUUCAUUUAUCUUUUCCAAGACAAAAUUAAUGAAGCUUUGGAUGACUUGAAUUUUAUAAAUAAAUACAAUAAAAAUAAUGCAGACGCAUAUUUUUCAAGAGCAGAAAUUUUCAGAGAAAAAAAUGAAAUUACUUUGGCAAUUCUAAAUUAUACUCAGGCAAUCAAGUGCAGGCCCAUGGAUGCCGAUAUGUACUUCAGGAGGGGUGAGAUGUAUGAAAUAGAAAACAAAAUGCUGGCCAUUGAUGACUUUUCUAAAUGUAUCUUUUAUGAUCCCAAAAGAACAGAUGCAUUAUUUAAACGUGGAAUAUUCUACUAUGAAAAUGAAAACUGGAUUGCAGCUGAACAAGAUUUUACAGCCUUGUUAAAUAUAGAUCCCCAAAAUUCUCAAGCAAGGAUGUACCGAGGGAGAACAUAUUUUCAACGGCACUUUUAUAAGCAAGCAGUUCAAGAUCUUUCUAUUGCAGUUCACUUAGAGCCUAAUAACUGGUUAGCAUUGUAUUAUAGGGCCUGCUUAUUUAGGAAGAGUAACCCUCUUAGAGCGCUACAGGAUUAUAGUGUUUCAGCUCUCAUAAAUGAUGGCUACGAGAAUCUUAGUUGUUUCCUGCAUCGGGGCAUACUCUAUGCAGAUCUAAAACUUUGGUGGCUAGCAAUUUGUGACUUUGAAGCCGUUAUUUGUCUAGAAAGAACCAUUACUUUGGCUUAUAUAAAUAUUGGCCUCAUAUAUCUGCUACAUCUGGAUAACUACAUUGAAGCCACUUCAUAUUUUUCUGAGGCUAUUAGACAUGACCCUUCGUAUAUUCAAAGCUAUAUUUGUCGAGCAGAAGCCUAUAGUAAGUUGCACAAACUUAAAAAGGCGGUAAGAGAGCUAUCUUAUGCGAUCCACCUUCAGCCAGAUGGAAUCCAGUUAUAUAUAAUAAGAGGACAGUAUCUUCUUAGGAUGAGAUGCUAUGAUCUUGCAAAGUUCACUAUUUAUCAAGUAGCAGAAAUGAACAAAGGUCUCAUUGAGUUGAGUCCUAUACAGCAAGCACUCAUUUAUUCAUUUUGCGAGAACCAUGACAAGGCCAUCCAGGUCUUGGAUGGGACCAUGUUAAAUAAGCCUGAUGUCCCCAUGUAUAUUCUGUUAGCAAAAGCUCAAAUGAAGGCCAAGAGAAACAAGGAAGCCAUGAGAAUGUUUAAAGAGGCGUUGGAUCUCAUUUCUCAUUCUGAUAAAGGACUGAAUCCCUUAGCUUCUGCAGACUGUCUGUAUCACUUGGGUCUUUGUUACAUGGAGGAAGGCAGCUUACAACUGGCUUUUGAUUCCUUUACAAAAGCUGUGAAAGCAAAUCCUGAUUUUCCAGAAGUUUUUUAUCACCGUGGGCUUUGUAAAGUCAAACUCCACAAGAGUGGCUCGAUCCUGGAUUUCAAUCGUGCAAUUACCCUUGAUCCAAAACAUUACCAGGCAUAUUUAAGUCGAGUAGCCUACUAUGGUUUGAAAGGCAGAUACUCCAAAGCAAUCUUGAGUUGUAAUGAGGCCAUCAAAAUUUACCCUCAGAGUGUGCGUGCCUAUGUCUACAGAGGAGUUCUGAAAUACUACAGCCGGACUUAUAAACUAGCGAUUACAGAUUUAACUACAGCUAUCAACAUGGAUAAAAACAGUUAUAUAGCAUUUUAUAACAGAGCAUUAUGUUACACCAAGAUAAAUGAACUUCAAAUGGCAUUAACAGAUUAUGGAAUUGUGCUUCUUCUUAAUGCUGGAGAAACUGUGACAUUGAAUACCUUCAUUAAUCGUGGACUCAUCUAUGCAGAAUUAGAACAGUUCAGUUUCGCUUUAGAGGAUUUUAAACAAGCGGCACUGAUAAGCAAGACUAAUGUGAACCUAUGUCAAGCUACUGCCAUAUGCUAUCACAGGAAUAAAGAGUUUGAAGAAGCUGUCAACUUCUUCACCUGGGCUGUUAAGAUUGAUCCCCGUUUUCUGGAUGCUUACAUUGGACGGGGAAAUUCUUACAUGGAAUAUGGACAUGAUGAGGCCACCAAGCAAGCACAGAAGGACUUUCUGAAAGCACUGCAUUUUAAUCCAGUCUAUACAAAAGCCAGAAUUUGUUUAGGCUAUAAUUUGCAGGCCCAAGGAAAAUUCCAGAAAGCUUGGAACCACUUUACCAUUGCUAUGGAAAUUGAUCCAAAGAGCUACCUAGCCUAUGAAGGAAGAGCUGUGGUCUGUCUUCAGAUGGGUGAUAAUUUUGCUGCAUUUCAGGAUAUAAAUGCUGCCAUAAAGAUCAAUGCUACAGCAGAAUUCUUAACAAAUCGUGGUGUGAUUCAUGAGUUUAUGGGUCAAAAACAGAACGCAAUGAGAGACUAUCAAGAAGCAAUUUCUUUAAACCCCACCUACUCGCUGGCUUACUUUAAUGCAGGAAAUAUCUACUUUCAUCACAGGCAAUUUUCUCAGGCUAGUGACUACUUCUCAAAGGCUUUAAAGUUUGAUCCAGAAAAUGAGUGUGCUGCCAUGAAUCGAGCUAUUGCAAAUACAGUAUUAAAGAGAUAUGAAGAAGCAAAAGAAGAUUUUGCAUAUGUAGUUGAAAGCUGUCCAUCAUGGGCUGCGGUAUAUUUUAACAGAGCAUACUUCUACUGUUGUUUAAAGCAAUAUGAACUGGCUGAAGAAGAUUUAAGUAAAGCAUUGUCUUUGAAACCUAAUGAUGCUCUAAUAUAUAAUCUUAGAGCAGAAGUUCGUGGUAAGAUAGGUCUGAUUGAAGAAGCUAUGGCUGACUAUAACAAAGCACUUGAUCUUCAAGAACAUGCCUCGGUGGUAUGAGUACAUAGACCAUGGAUUCUGUAGCAAUUUACAGUUGUUCUUCCAGAAAUUGAAACCUGUUUGUUGCUUUUAAAAAAGUUUUCACUAUCUUCA